AUGAAACGCCGCAAGGGAGAUGAUGGCGACAGGAACGAAGAGCGGUUCGAUCCACCGAACGCGCGGAUCAGCUUAAUGAAGGAAAAGACAUGGAGCAGUGAAAGCAUGUUUAAUAGUAUCCUGUACAGUAACCUAUCAAGGGAGCAGAUCAAAAUAGUGCAAAUUCCCCUGAACAGAAAUUUAUGUAUCAUAGCGUGUCCGGGGUCAGGCAAAACAUCUACACUGACGGCCCGCAUUAUCAGGAGCAUCAUCGAAAAAAAAAAAUCUCUUGUGUGUAUAACCUUCACGAAAUAUGCAGCGAACGACUUGAAGGAAAAAAUUACAAAAAAAGUUAACUGUUUGAUAGAUCUAUUCAUAGACACAGAUAUGAGCUGCAAAUUGUUUGCCGACCAAAGAUCCAGGAAGAAAUGCGAUACCAGUAGCAAGAUCUAUAGUAAGACUAAACUGAAGGUGUUGCAAACAGUUAUGUUCAUAGGAACUAUCCACUCCUUCUGUAGAUAUAUCCUCUUCAAGUACAAAGGGCCCUUCAAAAUAUUGACAGCCUUUAUCAGUUCAAAUGUUAUUAAGUUAGCCUUUAAUAAUUUUUACGCUUCUUUUUUGAAAGGGCAAUCUGCAGAGGGGGUGGGAUUGAAUUGUUUUGGUUCAGGCAAAGACACCGGGGAUGGUGAGAAAGGGUCAUUCGACUUGAUGAACUUUUUUAGCAACUUGAAAGAAGGAUUCAGUAAGAGGGAUGCACAAGAGAUAGAGGAUGAUGCUCUGGACGGUGAUGGUGAUGGUUAUGGUGAUGAUGGUGACGAUGUCAUUGAUGAAGACGAUUAUGACGAUGAACAUGGUGAUCACUUUUACAACUACCUGUACCAUGUCCAAGAUGCGAAUGAGAGGAAGGACUACUUCGAGCAUGGAGACAUUCCAAGUAUAUUGAAAAAAAAACAUAUUUUAUUUUUGAAAAAAAAAAUAAAACUUUUGAAAUAUGUGGAGUUAUACAAAAUGAAGAUUGAGAUGAACGACGUGGAGGAAAAAUUCUACGAGGAGUACAAGAGGAUCUUGCAAAAUGCCAAACAUAUUUAUUACGAUUUUGAUGAUCUUCUCAUCGAGACGUAUAGACUGAUGAAAGAGGAUGAGGAUAUUCGGAAUAGCAUUCUGGCCGAGUGGCACUACAUGUUUUGCGACGAGUUCCAGGAUAUCAACACUACUCAGUUCAACAUUUUGCAGUUUUUUGCCAAUGGAAGUUGCGGUAGGUAUGGAAGCGGAAGGGGGGCACCACACGAUCAACACCCCCCCAACGAUACCAUCCCAUCAGGGAGAGGCAACUCGCCAAAUGGUACCCAUGAGUCAGACAGAGGCCUCACCGUCAUCGGGGACGACGAUCAAUCCAUUUACUCUUUCAGGGGUGCCCACAUUAAUGUGUUCAAUAAAAUAAUGAAAGAACAUAACUGCUUGCUGUUCAAACUAGGCACGAAUUUUAGAAGUACUAAAGAAAUCGUCCGUGUAUCCUGCAACCUCAUCCUUCACAAUGCCAACUGUAGAAUAGAAAAGAGUCUUCAGACGAAUAACGUACAGGGAGAGAAAGUGAUAUUCCAUGCCUUCAAAACGAACAAUGAUCAAGUGUCUUUCAUAUUGUGCAAAAUUAUUUUUUUAAAAAAAAAGUACAGCUAUAAAUUUAGCGACUUUGUUAUCCUUUCCAGAACGAACAGGUCGCUUAGGGAUACUUUCAAGUGCAUGCAGAGCAUGAAUGUCAGGAGGAGAGCCAUGAAGUUCUUUCACGAAUUGGUCAAGACAGAGAGGGGUGCAACAGAUGGUCCAGCGGAGGGGGACCACCACUGGACAGACAUAACCCCAGAUACAUUUAAAAUACCCAUCAAGGAGCUAAACAAAAAAAAAGCUUUCUUCGGAUCGAAAGAAAUCGUGGAACUCAUAACAGUCCUGAGAUUUCUCCUCAACGUGGACGACGACAUUAUUUUGAAGAAGGCCUUUAAGAUUAUAAAAAAUGACAGAGCGAUUAGGGGUAUAUUGGACAAGCUAGAACGCAGCGACUUUGGCGUUACCGAGGAGGAAGAGGAAGAUGUAUAUUCAACAGAUACAGGGGGAUCCGACCCAUGUGGGGAAAACAGGCCCUCUCUUUUCAACCGCAUUGAGAGAAUCACACAUUCGUAUAUCCUCUGGAAGAAGAAGCAAUUGAAGAGAAACGAGUUUCACCAUUUAGACGUAUUUACAGAAGAGGAGAUAAAAAAAAUUUUGGACUUUUUUUUUUGCGUAAAUUAUUUUUUAAAAUUUGCUUCGCAACCAAAGUCUGUGUAUAGCCUGGUGAUGGAUAUCCUUAGCAAGACGGGUUUCGUGAACAGAACUCUCAAAAGGAUAAGGCGCAGACGGAACGAGCAGGUGGAGCACCAACAGGAUGAAGAGAAGGAUCAACGGAGGAAGCGCUCCUUCGAGGAAUUCAAGGAUGACAUGGAUGAGAACCACCCCGACCUCGUGAACGAACUAAAGAUUAAGCAUGAUCUACGCACGCACUUUGGACUCAGCGAGGAAGACCUCGCGGAAGAGGAAAUGCAAAAUAUCUUUGUCCUCUUAGAAAUGACUAUAGAAUACAAGCCCAACCAGAUAAAUGAAAAAUGUUCAGACUGCUUGAUUUGCUUCUUGAACGACUUUAAGAACGAUAUACACGACAGAAUGUUAGUGGAGAAGGUAACCUUAACGACGAUACAUAAGUCAAAGGGGUUGGAGUGGAAGGUGGUCUUCAUUGUGAAUGCUAUGGAAGGGGAAAUUCCCUACGCGGUGGAAAAUAGUAGAGAUAUAAUUGAGGAGAGGAAAAUCUUUUAUGUAGGCAUUACUAGAGCCAAGUUUUUCUUAUAUCUGCUUUGUUUCUUGCAGAACAAUCACACAGCGGAGAAAAACACUGUGUCGAGGUUCGUCAGUCAGAUGGCCAUUUGA